UUAUUAAUAGUUUCUCGCGUUUUAGAACUAAAAAACCUUCCUGUGGCAUUUCAAGAUCCUGCUAUUGUUACUGCUAUCCUCCGUGCCCUUCCUGACAUAAAAAAGGAGAUGCCUGCCCUCGUUUUUCAAUGGAACGAUGCGGGCUUUAACGACGUCCCUGCUACGCCGAACUGCCGAAACGGUAUCGCAGGCCAAACAAAAGUGGCAUUUAUUGGAAUUCUUGUCGAAAAUGGUGCUAAAAAUUGGAACGAUUGUGUUUUAACAUUUCCAGAUGGUACAUCGAUUGGUACGUGGAAAAAAGUUAUUCCUGCAUGGUAUGAAACUUUUUUUCAUGAUUUGGACUAUUUAGAACAGUAA